UCGAGCAUCGUGCGACUGCUGUCGUUUUCCCCUUGCAAGCACACGAUAGGCUCUUCACCUGAGCCCACCGCCCUACCAUUAUCACAACUGGAGGCCUGCCUGUGUUAUUUCCGGAGCAUCGUACCGGACGGGCCAGAAGAUUAUCAGCGUAUUUCGCUGAAGAAUCCGUUUAUUAUGAAGUUGGGCUGUGCCAAUUUUAAAGGCCAGGCAUGUUCGACCAAUAGGCUGUCUCUCAUCUCGCCGAAAGAAAGCCGACAGCAGCCGAACGCUCGGGAGUUUACGGAUUUGUCAAAGACAGAAGUCCUGAGACGCAACAUGUUUAAGACUGGCAGAACCCCACUCGUCCUUCUCGACGUUACCUGCCUUAUCCUCGUUGGACUUCCCUUUGCGAUCCUCACCCCUCAGCACAAUCCCUUCAAAAGGGGUUUCUUCUGUAAUGAUGAGUCCAUCAGAUACCCCCUGAAAGAGGACACCAUAUCCUAUCAGUUACUGGGGGGAGUCAUGAUUCCUUUCACACUGAUUGUGGUGGUCAGUGGUGAGUGCUUUGGCGUCUAUAUGACUCGUCUCAAGACCAAAUCAUCCUUGGGGACUAACUACGUGGCGUGCGUUUAUAAAGCAGUGGCCAGCUUCCUAUUCGGGGCUGCUGCUAGCCAAUCACUGACGGACAUUGCCAAGUACUCGAUUGGUCGACUGCGGCCCCACUUCCUGGCUGUGUGUAAGCCUGUGUGGGACCGCAUCAACUGCAAGGCCGGAGGCUACAUCGAGAACUUCACCUGUACCGGGGACAAGAACAUGGUGGAUGAGGCCAGGCUUUCCUUCUUUUCUGGUCACUCAUCUUUCUCUAUGUACUGUAUGCUGUUCCUUGCACUGUACAUCCAGGCCAGACUGCAGACAGAGUGGGCCAGGCUCCUCAGACCCACCAUCCAGUUCUUCCUGAUCGCAGCGUCCGUCUAUGUGGGGCUGUCGCGCGUCUCCGACUACAAACACCACUGGAGUGACGUACUUACUGGCCUCCUGCAGGGGGCGAUAGUCGCAAUACUCACGGUGUUCUAUGCAUCUGACUUCUUCAAGAGGCCUGUUGAUCCAGUAGAGAUACAAGAGGAGACAUCCCAAACCAGUCUCCAGGACAACCCAGAUAAUGAGAACCACUAUGGAAGCACAGACUGAAGCUCUGGCCACAAUCUUGCCAAUCGCAGAGCCAAUGAUCUUGCAAAGGCUUUAGCUCAGUGAGAUAACACUGACUUCUUUGGUUGGGUGUGUUGAGCUAAUGAUCCGUGGAUUGGGUUUCUGGUCUUUGUGUGCAGUUACGCUGUGAGGUCUGAAUUUGUUGGAGCUGUUGUGUUUGAAGCUUUUGUUUGAAAUGAAUGAAAUCUCAGUUGUUACAGUAAGCAGAGUGUCCAUGUGUGCAGCCUGGCCAAUAAUAAGUCUUACACCUGUGAACGUAAUAUUGCCAAGGACUGACUGUCCCAAAGCUUAAAUGAAAGCCAGGAGCCUUUCGGAAAUCUGAAAUGACGUACUAUGUACUGUAUAUAUUUUUUUUAUAUUGCCUUAGCCAGAUUGUUGCUGCUACUUGCUCAAAGCUCCCUGCAAAGUCCUAACAAAUGUGUCCAAGACUGUAUCUGUGAUCUGAGAUAUUCAGAAAACAAAAGGCUAGUUAUAAAGAAAGAUGGCAUUCCAUUUGUACGAGGAAAAGUGCUGUGUCUGAGACACAUUUUGUAAACUGUAGAAAUAUGUGCAUUGUUUUUGUGAGAUCAUGAGAGACAGAAACUACCCAUACAGAAAGGCCAAACCCAUACCUGUCAAAUAGCCUGGGAAGGAUGCUUUUGUUAUUUAUUCAACCUUUAAUUAACCAGGAUGUCCCAUUGACAUAAAGGGUGUCUUUUUGAAAUGAGAGUUAAGUGGGGCCUCCGAGCCGCAGAGGCCCAGGACACAAGGCAGGGUGAGGUCUAAACGCAAGGAACAUAUUCCUAAUGACUCCUCAAAAGCCACAAUACAGACUAGAGGCAUAGGCUACUCACCACAAGUCUGGAAAUAUUUGUGUUCUGUCUCACUCUCAGUUGUUCAACCCUUUUCCCAAUGUGGGUGGGUCCUCACCUGUCAGCCACACACAUAUAAACUAUGGGCAUGCAAAUGAAAACAAAAUCACAUUAAAAUCAAACACAUUCUUAUGUAACUUGCACCAUAAUUCACCUUAGUUCUAUAACUAACAACUGCUGUCGGUGCUUAGUUGCUGUCCGGUAAAAACGUAUUUUACGUAAAUUACCGCUCAAGCAGUGAGGUACUACCAUUUUUACUAUCUGUGUAAGCUAUAGGCUUUCAGUAUGGCCUGCUCUCUGCAACUAUUACCUGUAGAGUACUCAGAGAAGGACAUUAUAACAUGGAUUGGAUACCAGCAUGAUCCCCUGCUAGGGAUCUGUUUUAACAAUGUCUUAAUGCCAUGUCUAAUUACAGAGCGUUAUAAGGUUGAGGAAUUUCUCCUUUUGGUCUCUCCUUUACCCCGUACAUGACUUUCAAGUCCCAUUACUAGGGCCAGGAGUUUUUCCUGAUCCUGGGAUCUGACCAGGAAAUUAUAGGACAUAAUGGUGGCCCAGAUUUUCUCCAUUGUGAUUUUGGUCCGAAAAGAGAUCACUUCUAUGUUGUGUGAAAGUAGGAGCCGUUUGCUACCUUCCAGCCUACCAGACAUGUUCUAUUCCUCUGUGAAUCAAUAUCUGAUGUUUUAAAGGACAGCCUCUCUCACGAAGGUAGAGCUUUAUACUAAAGAUGAAUGGGUGACCUAUCCAGAGAAUGACAAUUUACAAAGAGAUGAUUUUCAUAAUAUUGAAAGGACAUUAUUUAAAAAAUCUGAUUCAAUGUUGUCAUGAGACUACAAAGGUAAACAUACUGCAUGUAAAAUCUAAGAUAUUGAAUAGACGGAAACGUCAUGUUCAUCGUGUGAUGUUCAUGUGAAAUGAUCACAUGACAAAUACAUUUAUGUUCAUGUUACUUUUGCAUUUGGAAACCGACUAUAAAAGCUGGUAUAGUUUAGUUGAUUUAAUAAAGGGUCAAAACAGCUGAUCUCAUGCCUCAGCGCAUGCCUGAGAAAGAUCUUUAGGAUAAAAUACUACACUAUAUCUCUACUAGAUGAACCAGUUAAGUUUUAAGUGUUCCAUAUAUUACAUGGUAUAACAUAUUUAUUACAUGGUUAAGAAAGUAUGCGUGAAAUGUGUAAAGUGGUAUAAAUCUGCUGUUUUUAAUACCAUAAACACAAGGCUGCAGUCUGUCUGGACUAAUUGAAAUUCCAGGUGCGGGGUACUAAAUGCAAAGAAACAUUGCAUGUAUAGAUUCAUGUUUUUUUUUAACCAGUACAUUUCUACUGACUUUUUGGAGGGAAAUGUUGGACUCACUCAUGGUAAAAUUGUGAUGAGUUUUUUUUAUAUAUAUAUACACACAGCAUCACCUAAAUACGAAAUGCAACUAUGUCUGACACCUGGAUGCCUAUUUUGUUUUUUUCCUUUAUCACACGUUGUUCUGACCCAGAUAAUAGUGGUACACACGGCUGGGAACGAGACUAUUUUGACCCAGACAAUAGUCCUCUUUGACAGAAGCCCCAUUCAAACUGUCACAUGUUGCUCUCUUCCUCUUGCCAAGCAAUGAGUGAUGCUUUGGGUGAUGCACACUACAACAGAAAUGUUCAAAUGAAUCAACUAGGGAAAUUCUCUAAAAUACACUGUUUAGAACAGUUUUAAAUAAAUUUAAAAAACUACCAGACAUUUCUCAUGUUUGUUAUAUAGAUGAUAUUGCCUACACUCCUGAAGUAAAGUCAACCAGAAGAUCAACUACAUGUUGAUACAACAGUAGCUAAGAUGGGGAGAAGUCUGUCCACAAUAAAGCUCGGCUCUGCCUUCUUA